UGACCUCACACGCACGCGCUGAAGAAGAGCUGACUGGUUCAGCGCGCGCAUCUCAAGUGGCGAUCGCCGUUAAUAUUAAUAUUUUUGCUCUUAUAUUUUAGUCUGUUUUAAUGCGACAGUCACCGCGGAAGGGUGUGCUUGUGUAGACGGAUGGAGGAGUUUCUAAAGCACUUUAAAAACCACAGCAGAGCGGAUCAGCGCUGGCUGUGUGAGGUGUUCGAGUGUGUGAGACAGCAGCUCUAUCCGCUCCUCGACUCGUCUCUGGGUGUGUCAGUGGUGCGCCUGUCUCUGGCGGUGGUGUCGAAGGUCCAGAGAGCCGUCGGCUCGGAUCUGCCCGUCAGCUACAGGUGUGUGUCGGUGUCGCAGCUGAAGCGCGAGCAGAGGACCGCUUGCUUUAGCAGCCUCAGCUGGAGCUCCGCCCACUACAGGGACAGCGCCAGGGGGGCGGAGCUAAUGCUGCCUGAACACAAGCCACUCCCACGCGACAACCUGCUCCUGAUUGGCUCUCUGUGUGACGGGCGGGCCAGCGGCUCGAGUGACGGGGUGUGGCGCGUGAGAGACGCUGGAGGGAGUGUGUCCUGUACGAUGCUGACGUCGUCUUGUCUCUGGUUGGGGAGGCUGAUGCUGUUUCCCACAUGGAACUACAUCCCCCAGAAUGCACCUGACGCGGGUUACCUAGAGCUGAUCGACGCUCCGGUGUGCGUGACCCUGGAGGCCAUGGCCUUUGACCCCGGAGGAACCCUGAGUGAGGUCAUGAGUGUGACGCGGGCGGCUGAACUUCUGAGGCAGAGGUGUGAGGAUCAGGUGUGUGUGUGUGUCAGCGGGCAGGUGAGCGUGGUCUGUCCGCUGCUGCUGAUCGCUGGGAAGCGCUUCUUCUGCCUCAUCCUCAGUGACGGAGGAUCCUCAGUGCCCGUCUUCAUCACGGAAGCCAAGCAUCAGUACUGGAGGCAGUGUGUGUGUGUGGGCCGGAGUGUGUGGAUGUCGUCUCUGCGUGUGUGUUCACUGCAGGGUCUGGAGGGACGGCGUGUGUUGUCCGACAGCUGCCAGUCACGUCUUCAUCCGCACGAGAGCUCAGAACAACCAGACACACACACAGACACACUCACACACACACACACACACACACACACACCCCUGCUGCCAAGCUCCGCCCCCUCAGUCCGAGUCAAGCGCUCCACACUCAUCAGCUUCAAGGGUACAGUCACGAAGAUUUUGAACGCAGAGGCGGGGCUUUAUGAGAUUGACAGACAGGUGGGGCUUUGUCUGGCCUAUCAGCCGGCUCAGAAAUGGGGCGGCGGCUUGAGGCCGGGGGCGGAGAUUCAGCUCCACAACGUCCACUUCACGUACAACGCUUCCCCGUUCGCUCCGCGAGUCGUGCUGUGCGCGUGUCUGCGCUCCAGCGUGCAGAUCAGCGCCUUCAGCCGCCUGAGGUCAGAGGUCGAGGCGUCCGGGUCACAUGGGCCGCUGCAGCGCCUCCUGCUGGAGAGGAAUCUGGGUGCGUCGCAGUAUCUGUGGCUCUGCUACUGCUAUAGCGCCGUGAGCGAGAGGUUGUGUCCGCGCUGGGUGAGAGCGGAGCGAGUGUGUGUGGUCGCCGCGCGGCUGUUGGAGUUUGUGUGUGAGGCUGAACAGAAGACACAGAAAAAGAGGAACAUUUACAGAGAGAUGAUACAGGAACCGCACCAGUGCCCUGUUACCACGUACUGUGUGUGCUGGCCGUCGGUGGCGCUGUGGUCAGUGAGACAGGUGUGUGAGUGGAUGAGGCGUGAGGUGUGGGUGUCUCUCUCUCUGCCGUCUCUCCUCCCUCCCUCAGCGGGUCACAUGACGUCGCUGGAGCUGAACGCUUCGCUGUCCUGGUCCACACACUCGGCCCCGCUCACACACACACACUUGGACCCGCUGCUGUUACUGGGGGUUCUGGAGCUGGACUCGACCCGUGCCACGUUGCAGCUCCGAGACCAGACGCACGCGCUCGACUGUGUGUGUGUCCAGACCGGCCAAUCAGGAGCCAUCGACACCGCCUGGCAGGGCUGUCUAGUGUGUGUGCGGCAGUGUACUUUAGUCAUGGAGAGGUUCAUGAAGACAAAUUUCCCUUCCUGGAAACACCUGGAUCAGCCAAGUUACAUCACACACAAACACUGCAGGGUUUAUCUGCAGCUCCGUGUGGAUGAUCUGACCAUCAUCAGUCCGUCUGCUGCCAUGAGCCGCCGUCUGUCGGAGAGACGAGAGGAGUCCGCUCCGAGACCCAGACGACCUUUGACCCCUGCGGCAGCGCCCGAACGACCUCUGACCCCUGCGGCAGCGACCGAACGACCUCUGACCCCUGCGGCAGCGCCCGAACGACCUCUGACCCCUGCGGCAGCGACCGAACGACCUCUGACCCCUGCGGCAGCGCCCGAACGACCUCUGACCCCUGCGGCAGCGCCCGAACAACCUCUGACCCCUGCGGCGUGUGUGAGUCUGCUCCUCCGGCUGGAGAGCAAGCAGGGCGUGAGGCUCCAGAACGGCUCCGGCGCGGGUCACACACACACACACACACUGCAGCUGGGCUUCGUGUGCCGAGCCGUGUGUCUGGGAGACGCUCAGCGCUGGGAAAACGACCCCAGGAACUGCAGGACGCAGGAGCGGGAGCGAGACGGAGGAAGCAGGAAGAUUGAGCUGCACUUCAUGGGUUCGUGUGUUCGCUGGUUCCCCGUCCUUCAUCCUGGGUGUGUGUACAGACUAAUCGCACCCAACACUGCGGAUGUGAGUGUGUUAAAGGCCACAGGAGUUUCUGCGAGGGGCGGAGUCACACAGCUCGUUAGCCCCGCCCUCCUGCUGCAGCCGCAGUGGCGCUUGCACACGCUAACAGACACGCUAACAGACGGCCAGGCAGGUGUUCCUGCGCUCAUGAGCGUAUCCGAGGUUCUUCACAGCAGCUCCGCCCCUGAGAUCGUCUCCUUUUAUGGAGUCGUUUCUCAGCGAAUCACAUUACAGGAGGAAGGCGGAACUAAACCCAAGAUCCAAUCACUGACUGCCGCUAAAGAUCCAGGCGUUGUGGAGGACCUGAGGGUGCGUGUGAGCGUCCAGGAUUCUGCACGCGCUGGUCAUGUGAUCCACGUGUACCUGGACCUGUCGAGCGGCCCGUACACACACGGCCUGAUCCCCGGGGCGGCGCUGCAGAUACACCACGUGCAGCGCAAAGUGUCCCGGGCGGGUAACGUGUACUGCCGCUCUCUUCCCAUCAGCUGUGUGAGCGUCACUGAUCUGAGUUCAGUCUGUUCAGGGUCCGGUGUGCCUCAGGCUCCUCCUCCCAUGAUGCUCUUGGGCGAGUGGGCGUCGGCCAGGACGCAGCAGGGGGUGAUGGGUCAGGUCAAAGGUCACGUGGUGCGUGUGCUGUCUCUGCGGCUGCAGUGGACGUGUUCUCUCUGCGGGAGCAUCUUCAAACAGACGUCCUGUGGCCGAACUCACCCACCAUGUGACUCGACCAGCGCAGUGUUUCAGGCUGAGGCGAAGGUGGCGGUGGAGGACGGUUCUGGUGAGGCUCACGUCUGGUUCUCGUCUGAAACGGUGUGCGAUCUGCUGAUGUUGAGUGCGGGUCAGUGGGAGGGGCUUCAGAGGCACAUCAGGGUCAAAGGUCACGUCAAGGUGUACACACGCGGAUACAACAUGACAUGUGACGAGGACCCUGACGAGUCUUUAGUUCAGUAUUUGAACUGUUUGUGCUCCAGCACCGCUGUGUGUCGACAGAUUCACCUCACCUGCCGAAUACGAGCUCAGAGAACAGGGAAACCUCAGCUGAGGAAAGUUCAUCGAGGACAAACAGAAUUCAUCUGCAAAUUCGCACCUGCACUGCAGUUACAAUGCCAACACAUACACACACGCUAAACACACACACACACACGCUAAACACACACACACACACGCUAAACAC